AUGCUUCAACGAGCUCGGGCGACAUAUCGUCCCCUCGUGCAUAGCCACCCUCUCACCUCGAGCCGAGUACGACCCUCCGCGGGCGUGCUCCCCAGUCGAGCCUUGUCCCGGUCGUCGUCGUCAUCGCUCGCCGUAACGGCCUCGUCCCCUCCUUCGCGGAACAGACCCACUGCAGCGCGCUCAUUAUCGACCCGCGCUCAUCACACUAGCUACCGAUUCUACUCCUCCUCCUCUUCCUCGGCACCCCAGCACCCCCCGCGGUCUUCGAAAUGGCCUCGACGAGCUCGCAACUCGGCGAUCGUCGUCGGACUCGGAGUCGCCCUCUACGCGUGGGAUAAGACCUACUACGCUUCGGCUCUGACCAGGACCGCCAGGACCGCUUAUGUAGGGUCAGUUAUGGGAUCUCAUUAUCAUACCCUCGAUCGGGGCUUGAAACUGGGCGGACCCGGCAAGGGAAGCUCGAGACGUCACCGGCUAUGAGCAUGAGUACUCUUCGCUCACUUCCCGAUUCUCCCCCUUUUCUCAGAGCUGUCAUGGCCCUGGAUUUCAAACUCAACUUUAACCCCGACAACGCGACCGCGAUCGACGCCCUGCACGAACGAGUCGCCCAUCGCAUCAACGACCUUUGCGUCACCAACGGCGGACUCUACAUCAAGCUCGCACAGUCCUUGGCGAUUCAGGCUGCGAUCUUGCCCAAGCCUUAUCGAGAGGCGUUUGCAAACGUGUUUGAUCAAGCUCCGCAUGUCGAGUUCGAUGAGGUCGUCAAGGUCAGUUUGGGCUCAAAUCUUCCUCCGGAGCUCUAUGCGCCUUGACUGAUGCCCUUUCUCCUCACCGAAAGAUCUUCGAGAAAGACUUCAACGGGACCCACCCAGACGACGCCUUCGACGAAUUCUCCCGUGAUCCCAUCGCUUCGGCUUCGAUCGCCCAAGUCCAUCGUGCUCGCAUCAAGCGCAAGCCAGGAGAACAGCCCUGGAAGGAAGGAGAGGGUUGGCUCGCGGUCAAGAUUAGGAAACCGAGUGUGGUGAUUCAAGUCGAGUGGUGCGUUCAGUAGAGCUCAGGAAAUAAGUGGACAAAGUGCUCAACUCUUUGCGGUCGUUGUUCCACAGGGACCUCAUGUCAUAUCGCGCCCUACUCUGGACUUACGAAAAGCUCUUCGACAUGCCCGUAUCCUUCGUCUCCCGCGAAGUGACCGCCCGGAUGCGCCUCGAAGUCGACCUUGCAAACGAGGCCCGGAAUGCGGAGAAGACAGCGGCGUACCUCGAAAAGGAGAGCAGCUUGAAGGAUAAGGUCCUCGUACCCAAGGUUUACUGGGAUUGGACGAGCGAGGCGGUGAUGACGGCGGAGUGAGUACUCUCAAACGUAUUCAUCAUCGUUUUGGGUUGCACUGAACUGCUAUGACGUCCGUUCCAUCUCAAUUACGCAGUUUCUUCGAAGGAUGCAAACUGACUGACAAGAAGCAAUUGGAACAGUGGCACCUGUCCCCGAGGUGAGCGCGAGCGAAUGCUCCGUUGACGGCGCACGCGCGUAGGACAAUCGGCCUUACUAAAUCUUGUCUUCAUCUCCAGAGCUGUGAUGGACAUUGCCAACGGACUGCUUGGAGCGCAGAUGUUCAAGUUCGGCUGGGUGCACUGCGAUCCGGUGAGUGAGCUAUAGUUGUAGAUCAUGGCCCGACGAUCGCUGACCUCUGCCCUUUUAUCACGCUUUGACUUCCUUCAGCACCCCGGCAACUUGCUCGUCCGACCUCACCCCUCGAAUCCCCGCAAAGCUCAGCUCAUCCUCAUCGAUCACGGACUCUACAUCCCCUUGACCGAGGAGUUCCGGCUCCAAUACUGUCUCCUCUGGCGAUCGCUCUUCGUCGGGGAUACCAAAACGAUCGAAGGGAUCGUCCAAUCUUGGGGGAUCGCGAAAGAACAUUCCGAAAUGUUCGCUUCCAUGACCCUUUUAAGACCUCAUCGAUUGAAUAAGGAGAAAGGCGCAGGCGCGGAGAAAGUGGAUGGCGGUUUGAAGGAGAGGAAGUUGGGGGAGAAGAGGAAGGAGGAAUGGGGGGAGAAGGACAGGCCUAAGGAAGUGAGCAAGUACGAGCAGCAAAAUGGGUUGAAGGAGAGGUUGAGGGAUAUGUUGCAGAAUCAGGAGCAGAUUCCCAAAGAGGUAUGUUGGGGCGUUCGCAGACGGAAGGUAUGAUGUAGCUGAUCCAAAAGAGUUGGUACGCUUCGUAGUUGAUAUUUUUGGGCCGAACGGCACGAAUGAUGCAAGCCAACAAUCGUGAGUCGUCACACCGACGGGCUUCUACCCUAACACCUACUAACGAAUCUCAUCCAUACUCCUUAACCGCAGAACAACUCGGCUCCCCCUCGAACCGCAUCAACUCUCUCGCCCACUGGGCCUCAGCAGGCCUCGAAUACACCACCUCCCAAUCUCCCCGACGCUCGCUCACCCUCCAAAACGUCGGUCUCAAAACCUACGCCGUCGAGACCUUCCGAUCGCUCCUCUUCCGCGUCGUUCUCCUCUUCGUCGACGUGGGCUUCGCCUUGACGCAAGCGAGACAGUGGUUCUUCAAAGUGGUGAUGAAGAAGGACAAUGAAGGGUUCGAGGACCUGUUGCAGAGGCAGAUUAGUAAGAUGGCCAAGGACGAGUUUGGGGUCGAGUUGGACGAGGAAGCAUUCGCUGGAUAG